AUGCAUUCCGACGAUCCAACAGGAGAUCGGACUACAAAUGAACAUGUCAAGAAGCCUACUCACCACUCGCGGGAGCCUAAACGUCGAGCUAAGAGCUCAAAUCCCCUCCGAAGAGGCAUACAGGAGUUUGUAACAAGACAUAUCCCCUCAGACGACCUUGCCAAACAUGGUCUAUUACUAGAGACCCUGGAAUCCGCCCUUCCGAAACGGUUCACUGUGUAUGAACCACUGCUCCUGCUGCCAGUGAACGCACUCAGUGAUCCUCCAGCUUGGGGCUCGCUUUACGCAGGCCUAGAUAGCCAAAAGCGACAGUUUCUCUUUGAGUCGAUUUCUAAGGCUUUCGGGCGUAUGGGCGUUACACAUAUCGCUAUGAAUGCGCCUAUCGCGCCUACGAACACUCAGGGAGGAGAGAACCGGAUGCGCAGCCCUGCGGGUUUGAUUCCUCUUUACGGAGACUUUGGUCCGGCGCCGUCCGGGGAUGGGGAUGCGCAGCUGACGCGGGAAAACUUGCAGCGUGCGUUCUGGGUGCGAACUAUGCAGAAUCAGGGGAUUGUGCAGAUCUGGGCUCCGCUUUAUACGAUGUUUUCUCGAGGGAACAUCACAGAGAAGGCUCGGAUCCUGGGUCAAGGAUCUGUGUUUGAAGGGCUUGAUGAAGGUGCCCUUGGAGAAGACCUAGACGGCAUCAGCGUGGUUGAUAUGUAUGCGGGGAUCGGGUAUUUUGUCUUCUCAUACCUGAAAAGAGGGGUGAAGAGGGUCUGGGGGUGGGAGAUCAAUGGAUGGUCAGUCGAGGGUUUGAGGAGAGGGUGUACAGAGAAUGGAUGGUCGUGUAAAGUGGUUCGAGUUCUGAAUGAUGGAUCAUUGAGUGAAUCGAUCCCAGAACUGAUUGACAAUCUUCAAGAUUCAGACAGAGUGAUCGUGUUUCAUGGGGACAACAAGUUCGCCGCUCACGUUAUGAGUGAAAUCAAAGGACGCAUGGAGAGCCGAGAUGCAUGGAAUAGAAUUCGGCAUGUCAACCUAGGUCUCCUUCCUUCCUCCAGCGGUGCUUGGAGUGACGCUUGCGCAAUGAUUGAUCUACAGCUGGGAGGCUGGAUACAUGUGCAUGAGAAUGUGGAUGUGCAACAUAUUGAUUUGAAGAAGCAGGAAAUCCUCACUGAGAUUGGGAAAUUGAGGGCACUGGCCUUCCCAAGUGCUGUUCAACAGCCUAUUGAUUGCCGGCAUAUCGAGCAUGUCAAGACAUAUGCACCAGGCGUCAUGCAUUGCGUCUUCGACAUCAAGUUGCCUCCAUCAGAAGAGGUGCACCUGCUACGAGACUCGAGCUGA